AUGGAAGUCUAUGCUAGAGCCCUGGCAGCCUUUAUCGUGGGGUGGUUUGCUCUCUUCCACGGUCUUUUAAUUGCUGUUAAUGGCGAAUUUGAUUAUGCAGACGCGCUCACCAAAUCAAUAAUUUUCCUAGAGGCACAGAGAUCAGGAAAGCUGCCUCCCAACCAUAGACCCUCUUGGAGAGGAGAUUCUGCCCUUGAAGAUGGCAAACUUGCAAACGUGGACCUGGUAGGGGGGUACUAUGAUGCAGGUGAUAACGUGAAGUAUGGGCUUCCAAUGGCUUUCACAGUUACGACCCUUUCAUGGGCUGCUAUCUUUUAUGAAUCAGAGCUGAAAGCAGCUGGGGAGAUGGAAAAUGUCCGUGCUGCCAUUCGUUGGGGCACUGAUUACUUCAUAAAAGCCAGUUCUAGACGUGACUGUUUAUACGUGCAGGCAAACCCUCUUUCUCCUACAAUACGAACUUCUAAAAUUACAGCCCAAUCAAUUUCUUAUGUAAAAAAAGGUUGGACUUCGGGUAGGGAAGGGACGGAAUCAGGAAAUCAACAUGAGGUGUCCAAAUAA